AAAAAAAAAAAAAAAAAAAAAAACUGAUGAUAAUAGGUCUUUCAUCAAACUAUAGAAGUAGCAUGAAUUCAUUCGUAGCGUAAUAUAAUGCUGAAUAUGACGUUGGCCGGCGAUGUGAUGGAGCGUUUAUCAUCGACUACAUAAUGUCCCCCUCCAGCAACAAUAAAAUGAAAUGAAAAAAAAAUAAAAAUAAAAAUAAACAUAAAUAAAACAUGCUAGACAAAAAGAAAUAAAAAAACAAACUACUCAACCACCCUCCUCCCCCACGGCAUCUCUUUUCUCUCCUUCCCAGCAACCUUCUUUCGCCUCCUCUCCAACGCCCUCUGCUUCUCUUUCCCACUCAUCUCCGUAAACCUCUUCGCAACGGCCUCCUUCUUUACCUCUCCCCUCUUCAAAAAGUACGGCUGACUCUUCUUUCCCUCGCGUAUCAACUCCCUCUCCUUCCGUCGAUGCUGUACUAGCACCUCCCUUUCCAUCUCCUUCCGCUCAAACGUGCGCUGUCGAUCACUCAUAGAGGUAAUCUGGCGCUUGAGGCGCGCGAGCUCGCGCUCAUCAUAGUUUGUCUUAUGUUUCUUGGUUUGUAACGUUGAGACCUGCUUGCGCAGCUGCGCAAUCUCGUCUUUGCGGUAGCUGUCAAGGAAGGCGUAGUUUUUGCGGGCGUGGAUGGCGGCGUUACUUGCGGUGGACGAAUUGCCGUUUGUGCUGUGGCUUAGGACGACGGAGUCGAAGCGCGGGUCACGGGCUUUGGGAACUGGGGGUGGUUCGAGGAUGGUGCGUUUGCGGGAGACGGCAUGGCGGGAGGAUUGGAUUGUGGGAGCGUGUUUGGAGGUUCGGUGGGUGAGCUUUUGAGGUGGUUUUUUGGCGUUGGCGGCGAGGUGUUUUUGGUAUUCGGAUAGUUCUGGUUCUGGUUCUUGUUUUUCUCCACUGGAUGAGGCAGAAGGAGUAGGCGAGUGUCGGCCAGGAACUUUCGCUCUUUUGGGCGAGAUGCCCCCUGUUGAGGCGGUUGGCCGCUUUCGCUUUCCGAGGGAUGCUUGGGCCUUUGCGAGGGCGCCGAAGGAGAUGGCGUUUAGCGAGGGGUUUAUGUCGGAGGAGGAGUCCUCUACAUCCCCAUCAUCGUCAUCAUCUUCUUCUCCUUCGUCAUCGUCCUCCUCGCUAUGAUCUUCAGCGCUAUUUUCUUCCUGCUCUUCUUCGUCCUCAACAGAUUCGCCUCCCUCUAACCCUUCAUCUGAGGUAGACUCGCCCGAGAAUUGCUCAAACUCGUCCUCUUCUAGCCGAGCUCUUACCCGCUGAUUGAAUUUACUUGAAAUCGGCAUGUUGAGAUCUUGCAGGAUUUAUUUUAGAACUUUGUACCAAACUUAUGCCUGAAGGAAUCAACCAAGUAUCCCCACAGCCUUCCUCGGUGAAGUUUCAGGGGUCUCCCAGGAUACUCCAAAUACAACAUUCAAAACCUUCCCACCUUCGCCCAAGAACUACAGCUACUUGGAAACGGUACCACUAUUCAUCCCCGUUUAAUACAUUUUACUGUCCUCUUUAAUGGAGUAUACGCCGGUCUGGCAUACGGGUUAGACCAUUCCUAGUGGUGGCUGUCUCUGUUGAUAUGAAGAAUAUGCUACGAGUCCGUAGACCAGCAUAGUUCAUGCGAGGGAGGCAUGAGCCAAUCAAGCCCGUUUCCACACAUCCAGGCCACCGCGCGUAAAUUCGUUGAGAUAAUCCACAUUUUGGUGUUUGGUUGCAGAAAUUUAGUAGUAAGAUACCUAACCACCGACAUUCAAGCUGCGCUUGGAGUCUACUGAGUUGGUUCGCUGGGGUCCGAAAAAAAAAAACAAAUAUUCCGACCGCUUGACCCUGGAAAUGAUUGCUUGUCACCAAUUCAUUGGUGAGCGUCAAGUGUUUGAAAUAAUGCAACGAAGAAUAACUAUCUUUCCAGGUAUGCGGAAACCAAGUUCGAGUACUUGAAGCGAUGACAUCCAUCGCUUCAGUCGUCACUCUAACAGCGUGCAAAUCAGAAGCACACCCAAUCUCGAGGAUCGCGUUCCAUUGGCAUAUGGAAAUCUCCUUUGGGCGAGACCUAUCUCAAACUGGAUAAAAAGACCUUCAAAAUUCCAAUUGAUGUGAAGAAUGAACCGCCGUUAGAGGGGGGUGUGAUUACCAUUCUAAGCAAGCAAGGUGGUCGACUGGUUCUUGAACAAGAUCGCUUAUAUGUUUCCAAGGGCGGAACGACUAUAAGGCGGCGUCGAGGUUGAAGCCAUGAAGCUGGUAGCGAAGCACACCUCCGUCCCUCUUCCCGAAGUUAUCUACAGCGUCAUCAAUGAUUGCUGUGGUGAGAUCGGGAUGAUAUCUCUCGACCCUCUAAUUGAAAAUUUGGACUGCCCAGGAACCCCUCUAUGCACAGAUGAUGAUCUCAGAACCGGGACAUACCGCCGCUAUCUCUGUUUCGGCGGCGUGCGAUAUAAAAUGAGUUAUCAGACAUGCUCCCUCGAUCAUCAGGGACUGUCUUCACACGCGCUGACAUUGCCCCACGAAACAUCAUGGUUGAUCACAAUUAUCGCAUCACCCGUAUCCUCGACUGGGAAUAUGCCGGGUGGGCGCUCGGUAGAAAUGGAUGGAUCUCCCUGUGAUCCGGGAAUUGGAUAUCUGGACAUUGUAGCUGCGAGGCGGGUUCUAUUUUGAUGGUACUUGCAAAUACUACUGCUAGGAGUACUACCACAGUCCGCUGUGAAAACGUACAGUUGCAAUGGCUGAGAUAUGGCUGAUCCGCCCUCUGAGCAUUACCCACUGAAGUAUUAAGCAUGUUCAAGCCACUCACUUGACUGAUUAGUGGUAAAGUGGGUUGACCAGCCCGGACAGGUGCAUUUUGUUACCUGAUAUUGUGUGUAUAUCAGAAAAGGAGUCGGGAUAAACACAUAUGACCAUAGGAAGUGGAAAACAGUGCUUCACGUCCGCUCAGCUGUACUUAAGCCACUCACCAGCUGGUUUUAAAAGGUUUUAUUUAAAAUAAAAUGAUUUGAAAUAGAGGUGCGGAACGCUAGUAAUUUAAGUGAUACAGAGAAUAUCAGCCCUCCUGAACCUGUU